CUUCCAAUCAACAACCAGCAAUGGCAUCUUACAAGACCCUUUUCGUCCUCUUCGUGGCCCUCUUCGCCGUAGCCUUCGCUGCCGAAGAAGCCCGUGGUAAGAGAGGAGUCUUCUAUGGUGGAUACGGUGCCUACCCAUACUCUUCCUACGGAUACCACGGUUUGGGUUACUCUGGUCUUGGUUACUCCGGCUUGGGAUACGGAUAUGGUCUUGGCUACCACAGUGCCGGCUACUCUGGUCUUGGAUACCACGGUCUUGGCUACUCCUAUCUCCACUAAAUAGACUGGAACAUGUCCAGUAAUUGACCUACCC